AUGUUGGUCAAACAAACGUUGUGGAAUCCGUGGCCCCGGACUAGUUUCGAAAUCUCAGUUCCCAAAAAGGUGCUUUCGGCUUUUGCCGGGGGUAGAAGUAAUAGUCCUGAAGCGCUGGUAGAGCACAGUGCUGGAGCGAGAAAGGGUCGCACUCGCAGCCUUCCUGACUGCCCUAAGCGACCUUCAUCAAAAGGCGGGGAGCGGGGGGCGGGUGGAGGGGGAAAGCCUGUCACUUGGUCUCUAGAGACUGCUUUGAUUUUACACCACAAUUCCAAAAAAUCAGAUCCAUACUCCAACCGCAGCUCCCGGAUCCCUAGUGAGGAAGCCGGAGCCCAGAGCUCCCUCAGGGCGCGCAGAAAAGCCCGAGUUAGUCUCCUCGGCAGGUUUGGCCGCCCGCUUGUCUCUGCCCCCCAGCGGGCCCGGGGCGCCUCGGACGCCUCGGUGCUGCCUGCAGCCCCUGCGCACUGCCCCCGGCCCAGCCAGCGCGGCCCAGAGCGCGCCCGCCGGAGCCACAGCCCCCUCUUGCCGCGACCUCGCCUGACCCGACUCUCCCGGCACCCAGAGCCAACUAAGGCCGCCCCCCGCCCGGACGCUUGUCUGCUCCCAGCUCGACUUCCCUCCCCGGACUUUGGAGUCUCUUCUACUUUGGGGUUUGGAACCCGGUCGCCCCGGAGCGGCGGAAGGGCCGCGGCGAUAGCAGAGCAGCGGAGGAGGCCAGUGGCCGGAGCCUGCCCCAGCCCCCACCCCGCGGGUAACCUUGGAGGCGCCCUCGGACGGCACCGUGGGACAUGUGGGAUCUUAGUUCCCCGACCAGGGACUGAACCCACACCCCCUGCAGUGGAAGAGCAGAAUCUUAACCACUGGAUGGCCAGGGAAGUCGACUCUUACUAUUUGAUCCAGCAACUGUAUUCCUUGGUAUGUAUCCCCAAAAGUUUAAAACUUACGUUAACACAAAAACCUGAACACGGAUGUUUAUAGCACCUUUAUUCAUAAAUGCCAGAACUUGGAAGCAACCAAGAUAUCCCUCAGUAGGUGAAUGUUUUAAUAAAGUGUGGUACACCCAGACAAGGGAAUGUUAUUCACUGUUAAAAAGAAAUGUGCUAUCAAGCCAUGAAAAGACAUGGAGGAAUCUUAAAUGCAUGUUGCUAACUGAAAGAAGCUGAUCUGAAAAGGCUACAUAUUGUAUGAUUCCAACUGUGUGACAUACUGGAAAAGCCAAAACUAUCGAAACAGUAAAAAGAUCAGUGGUUUCUGGGGGUUGGGUGCUUGGAGAGAUGAACAGACAGAGCACAGAGGAUUUUUAGGGCAGUAAAAUACUCUGUAUGACACUAAAAUGAUGGAUGUAUAUCAUUAUGUAUUUGUCCAAACCCAUAGAAUGUAAAACAUCAAGAGUUAACCAUAAGGUAAACUGUGGGUUUUGGGUGGUUAUGACAUGUCACUGUAGGUUUAUCAAUUGUAACAAAUGUACCACUCAAGUGAGGGAUGUUUAUAAUGGGGGAGACUAUGCAUGUGUAAGGGGUAAUGAAUAUACGAGAAAUCUAUGUACCUUCCUUUCAAUUUUGCUGUGAAUUUAA